ACGGCUGCACCAGAGCGGGAGACAGAGCCCUCCGCCUCUCCACCUCAUCCAACACCUACGGCACAGGAGUCCCACACGCAUCAUCGCAUCACUGCCUCCAAUAUACAAACGUGGAAGAAACCAUCACUACACGACAAGACGGCCCACCCGCUGAUUGAGAGGCAAUACGCUCAUGAGAUUGUGUCGGAACCUUGCUUGUGUCAGCACCAGGAGAGGAGGGCAAAGAAGACUGCUGGGAGCAUUGACUCUCCAACUCGAUGUCCUCAUACGGGUUCUCUUUGUCUGGAAGAACACCAGACAACUCACGUCAUUGAAGAAUUUGGAAAGCAAGGUUGCAGCUUUCAAGCCUACAGAGGAUGACUGUGAUGGUUCUUUUCCUUCCCAAAGCGAGAUCUUGUCCUUGAUGUUGCCACCGCUGCCGGAUACGGGGAGCUUGUUGCCCACUAGGAGUCUUUUCUCAUCGCUUCGAUGGUCCGAAUUGGGCCUCCGUCACCGUGCCAUCUACCCCUGUGAUGUGCCUGUACCGCCCGGCCUUUUAGCUCAACUCCCUUCCCGUCCUUCCUCGCCCCCCACUCCCAGCACCCUGAAGAUCCCCACCUCCCAGGACCAACCUCCAAAUUCUCCUCCUCUCACCGGUCACCCCUGUGAUGCCUCCCUCAUGCUGUGGCUACCUGUCACAGUACACCCAUCAUCACCUGGUUGCGUUCCUGCUCACAUUUUUUAGCUAUGUGUUCCUGCAUGCCUCCAGGAAGACGUUCAGCAAUGUAAAAGUGAGCAUCUCCGCCCAGUGGACGCCUUCUCCUCGCAAUGGCAGCGCUCCCGCUCUCCUGCCCAGCGAGACAUGGGAGAAAAACCGUCUGUUUGCCGAUGAGCAGCAGGCAACGCUCUUCCUGGGCGCUCUGGACUCCAUCUUCCUCUUCUCCUAUGCUGUGGGUUUGUAUCUGAGCGGCGUCAUAGGCGACCGGGUGAACCUGCGCUACGUGCUGUGCUUCGGCCUGUGCGGCUCCGCGGCUGUGAACUUUGUGUUUGGCACGUUGACCGAGUGGCUCCACAUCUACAACGUCUACCUCUAUUGUAGCCUGUGGGUGUUGAACGGCCUGCUGCAGUCUACCGUCUGGCCCUGCGUGGUGGCUGUCAUGGCCAACUGGUUCGGCAAGACUGGGCGCGGUUUCCUGUUUGGCCUGUGGAGCGCAUGCGCGUCGGUGGGUAACAUCUUUGGGGCCUUCUUGGCAUCCAGCGUGCUCAAGUACGGCUACGAGUAUGCCUUCCUGGUCACGUCCGUGGUGCAGUUUGCCGGCGGAAUUGUGCUCUUCUUCGGCCUGCUCACCUCCCCGCAUGAAGUCGAUUUGUGCGUGUCAGGUCUUAGCAGUGAUUGUCCGACGGGACUCAGCCCAGUUGACACGGAGACCCACAGGCCUCUGAUGAGCGACGAGGAAGCGGAGGAGGAUGCUUACGAGCCUCACUACCGCUCGGUGCGGCGUCAGGACGAACCUGGGCAAGAGUCCCCAAAAGCCGUGGGUUUCUUCCAAGCCUUCUGGCUGCCCGGAGUUCUGCCGUACUCACUGGCGUACGCGUGUCUGAAGCUGGUGAACUACUCCUUCUUCUUCUGGCUUCCUUUCUACCUGAGCAACAACUACGGCUGGAAGGAAGUCGAGGCUGACCGGCUAGCCAUGUGGUAUGACGUUGGGGGGAUUAUCGGCGGAACCGUUCAAGGUUUGGUAACGGAUAUCAUGGGAAAGCGGUCCCCAGUGCUGGCCUUAAGUCUUACUCUUGCCAUGGCUUCUCUGGUGGGGUACAGCCACUCGCCGGACGACAAGACGGCCAACGCCGUCCUGCUGGCCAUCACGGGCUUCCUCAUCGGAGGUCCGUCCAACAUGAUCAGCUCGGCCAUCUCCGCCGACCUGGGGAGGCAGGAUGCCAUCAGGGGGAGCCGGGAGGCUCUCGCCACAGUCACCGGCAUCGUGGAUGGCACAGGGAGUAUCGGAGCCGCCGGAGGACAAUACCUGGUGUCUCUCAUUGAGAGCAAAUUGGGUUGGAUAGCCGUCUUCUACUUCUUCGUCGUCAUGACAGGGGGCAGCAUUCUUUUCAUCUCUCCCCUGAUCGCAACGGAGGUGCGGGCCAUGUGGAGAGAGCGGCAGAUGCGGCAUCACCAGCUCUGAGGCGAUCGGCUCUUUGGAGCUCCUCCAACGUACUUGAAAGAAAAUGGCUCAAGUCGGUGAGUUUGCCUUUCUUCCUCCAACCCCCUCGGUGGAGAUUGAAGAACGACCAGAGGGAUCGCAUCCUCUCUAAAAGACUCAGCGUGCGCAUUUUCUUCAGCAUUGACAAUUGGACUGUCGGGAACUGCAAAAGCAGUUUCAUCAUGUACAAAUCAUUGAAAUGGUUGUAUGUACUUAAAAAAAAAGCACUGUGGUGUUACUUGGAGGCAUCUUCGAUUCACGCUUGCCCAAUGCCGAAAUAGAUUCUGUCCAUAAUGCACUCAAAGGCUAGAGAUUUAGUGGGCAACUUUUGCCUUUUCCGUUUCUUUUAAUCAGGUACAAAGUGUCCUUUCACUGAAGGGUUUCGGUCCUCGCUUUGUUUUCGCCCGCAUUCCAAUUUCCUCGUACGACUGCAACACUAACGCCAUCGGAGACUUAAAUGAGAUGUUAACCAGCACUUGUCCCGGGAACUGAAGCUCAUUGGGUGCACAAUGCUUGCGGUCGACACGCGUCAUGCCACUGACGACUCGGAAACUUUGUUCUGGGAGGUGAGGCGGGGGUGGUGGCAAUGAGCAUCCACAAAUACCUCGGUCGAAGUCAAACAGGCGCGAGAAUGUGUAACUUCUGCAAAGUGCGCCUAUUUUCCUGUCUAUUUUAUCUCUAUUUAUAUGUUCAUUUCAGCACCUUCGAAUCUGUAAAAGAGCGUUUUUCUUUUAAAUAAAUGGGCGUUGCAAGUUGAAUGCGUGGCUUCAUGAAGGCACCAAACAAGCUCUUAGCGUGUCAAGACAUUUGUGAACUGCGUCCGUUCGAGUGAGAUUUCGCUGCUCUUCGUUGCCAUUAAAACAACAAAUAUUUUGUCUAAUUCUAAAAAAAAAGGGGGCGGGGAAUAAAACGACCACGCAACUAAAUAAUGACCUAACGAGGCCAAUGUGCAGUAUCGCUUUCCAGCCGCUAGGCGGUGCCAUACACCGCAGAAGAAAUCCCACACCGGCUCCAAUUUCAUAAAUCCAUAAAAGUAUUUUUAUUCAUUCGAGCACAGGGAAUAAAAUCCCGGCGAUAUUCAGAAUCUCUUCAACAAUUCCAGACAAAUGUAUGACUCUGUCCGACAUGAUGACAAAUGGUAUACAAUGAUUAUCAUACAUUUAUGCAAGAAUGCAAAA